AUGGCUUGUGCUGCUUGUCUGCUGCAACCAAUUUCCUCACCCCACUCUAUCUUUCCAUCUCUCUGCCGCCGCCGGCCACUUUUUCCGGCCAUAUUCCACCGCUUCUGCACGUUCUCCUCCGCCGACCGGCCACUUUCCACGGCGAACCGGUUCACUGCGGUCCGCGCGCAGGCCAAGCGAGGCUUCUCACUCAAAGAAGACCAAGUAGCUUCUGCUGCUGAUGUUGAAUUUGAGACGCCUCUGGAAAUUGUGGAGUAUCCGGACCCUAUACUGAGAGCAAAGAACAAGAGACUCGAUACGUUUGAUGAUAAUUUGAAGAAACUAGUGGAGGAAAUGUUUGAUAUAAUGUACAGAACUGAUGGCAUUGGGCUCUCGGCGCCGCAAGUUGGGAUCAAUGUGCAGCUUAUGGUGUUCAAUCCGGUUGGCGAGCGCGGCGAGGGGGAAGAGAUUGUGCUUGUGAAUCCGAGAGUUAGUAGAUAUUCGCAGAAAACGAGACUCUUUAAUGAGGGUUGCUUGUCCUUCCCGGGGAUUUACGCUGAUGUUCAGAGACCAGAGUCUGUGAAAAUAGAUGCACGGGACAUCAGUGGUGCGAGGUUUACAGUCAACUUGUCUGGUCUUCCUGCCCGGGUGUUCCAGCAUGAAUUUGACCAUUUGCAGGGUAUUCUUUUCUUUGAUAGAAUGACUGAAGGAGUUCUUGAAAGUAUCUCUGAACAGCUACAGGCAUUAGAGAAGAAGUACGAGGAUAAGACAGGACUUCCAAGUCCUGAAAGGAUAGAAAGCCGUAAAAGGAUGAAGUUAAAGGCUGCUGCUGGUUUUGGGAAAUCAUAGGUAGGAUAGGAUUCCAGAAACAUCAGCAACACCAUAAUUUUAUCUGUUUAUGGCGUGCUUGAUUUUCAGUUGAAACCGUUCUGAUUACCUUCCCAACUCCGAUGAACAUGCCUACCAAAAUGAAUUUGGACUGCAAAAGGCUUUAUGUGAAAUUACCGGGUAGGACCAAGCAGAUUUUCUAAGAAUGAUAGUUAAUUUCCAGGGCCACUUGUAUAUGAUUAUAUGAAUCGCAAUGUUUCCAGCAGUGAAUUCGACGUAACUGCUGGUAAUGCCUAAAGGCGUGUCUACAAUAGUAUAAUCUAUACUAAUUGCUCCCUAGACUAGUACUACAUUACGUAAGGGCUAAGCUUAGCAGGAAUAGCCACCACCUUCAGACUGGAUUGAGCUGCUGCUUGAAGACGG